GUCGUUUGAUUACCUUACCUUGCGCGGGCAAGGUUACACUUUUUAUAGAAGUUUCUAUAGUUUUCCCUCUAAAACUUCUCCUUUUUCUCUCUAAUGGCUGCAUUUCCUCUCUGUUUGUAGCAUUAUUAGGGACAUGAGACGUGCCUGCUCUUUUACAGUUUCUAAUGCUUUAAAUUUCAGAGCUUUGGUAGUGAGGAGAUCAUUGAAUUUCAGAUUGAAUCUUUCCUGCAAGUUUUCAGUUAGUUCCAUUAGAAUGAAAAAUACCGAUAGCUGUACCCUGAUGGGUGAAAACAAUGAAUCUAGAGGUGCCUUGGUAGUUUUUGAAGGAUUGGAUCGUAGUGGGAAAACUUCACAAUGUGGGAGGCUGCUUUCAUAUUUGGAGGGAUUGGGUCAUUCAGUUGAACUAUGGCGAUUUCCAGACAGAACUACAAGUGUUGGGAAGAUGAUAUCUGCAUAUCUUACUAGUAAAUCCCAGUUGGAUGAUCGCACAAUCCAUCUCCUUUUCAGUGCAAAUCGGUGGGAGAAGAGAUCAACGAUGGAAACCAAACUGAAAGCUGGAACCACCCUUAUAGUAGACCGCUACUCUUAUUCUGGGGUUGCUUUCUCAUCUGCUAAAGGACUUGAUUUUGAAUGGUGUAAGGCACCAGAGAUCGGGUUAAUAGCUCCAGAUCUGGUAGUGUACCUCGACAUACCGCCAGAGAAAGCUGCAGAAAGAGGAGGCUAUGGAGGUGAGAGAUAUGAGCAACUUGAGUUUCAGAGGAAAGUCGCCCAACAAUAUAAGCUCCUUGAAGAUUCUUCAUGGAAGAUUCUAGAUGCUUGCCGACCCUUGGAAGAUGUGCAAAAACAGGUGAAGGAGAUUGUAUUAGAACAUGUCAUGACAUGCCACAAAGGCAAACCUCUUUCAUCCCUCCGGUCAUGCUAAUCUUUUAUCCCUUUUCUUUCUUCAAAGUGAUGCUACACUUGUGGCUGAGAGUUUUAAAGUAUUUAAUUGGUUUUUGUUUCGAAAUAUUGCUUGUGGUUUGGACUUAAAUUCAAUAUCUUCUUCCGAACUA